AUGAGUUUGAUUGCGACGUGUCACCACUGCAGAGCGAAGUUACUCUACGAACCAACGAACACUUGGAUACUGAUUGAUCAUUUGCAGCAACAACACUCCUUACAGCCUCCCUCUCCGGUUGAAUCGAUAUCUUUUUCACCAAUCAUGUCGCUAAGGCAAAAGUUAAAAAACAAACUUCGAUCCUGCGCUGCUCCUGCGAAGGAAACGACGAAUCAGGCCAGCGUUGAAACGUCCACCGGAAGCAAAUUACGGACCGGAGCAAGCAGGAAAGUGGCAUACAAAACCACAGUUGCUGAAUGGUAUCCGGCGCAGUGUCGAGUGAAAUGUCCUAACUGUGGUGGCCACUUUUAUCCAACCAUUCGUCUCGUCACUAGCCGCAUCUCGCGGAGUGUCUGUGCCGCUUACUGUCUGCUGUUUUGUUGGCCAUUAUGCUUUCUGCCGUGCCUUUUCAAUCAGCCCGUUAAACCUCAUCUGCACUGUUCGAACUGCAGCGCGUUUCUCGGGUUGUACGAUGCUCGAUCCACGGGACGACGUGGUGGACGUCGGCAGCAGUAG